UAAAUCAGGCCAUUGUAGAUGGAUGUUUGGAGUGCGUUAGGCGUGCACAUGCAACAAAUUUGCCUAGAAUUCUGGUUGAAUUAGCGAUUAACUGUUUCUUAUAAAUAAUGGAUCCUAGUCGACAUAUGAUUCUGAGUCUUUAUCGGAAUUUGAUUCGAGAAAGCAAGAAAUGGAGCUCAUAUAAUUACAGGAUGUAUGCUCUGCGGAAGGUACGACAUGAAUUCAAAGAAAGUAAAACAUUACAAGAUGAAGAAAAGAUUAAGCAAUGUUAUGCAAAAGGACAGGAAACAUUGAAUUUGAUUAAAAGACAAGUAAUAUUGAGUAAUCUUUAUGGUACCAGGCCAUUAAUAAUUGAAACUUUGGGCAAAUAAAAUAACACAAGAUACAACUGCAUAAAAUUGUUUUGCUUAAAAUUAUACUGAUAACUACACAUAUUUGCAACCAAUCUACUUACUUUAUAUAUACACAAAAACAUAUAUAUAUGUGUAUAAAGAAACUUUAUAUGAAGGAAAUUUUUUUUAAACUAUGCAGUCUCAGAAUUGCAGUUUCAAAGUAAUUGAAGUACAGCAGUAUAACUUUCAUUUAACUUUUAACACUAUAUUAGGCACAUUAUAUUAGGUAUUUAAUAUCGUUAGAAAACAUGAAAAAUAGUUUGAUUAAUUUUUAGAUUGGUUUUUUAUUAUAUAUACAUAAAAUAUAUAAUAAUAUAGUCCUUGUGUAAAUAUAUUAGAUUUAAUAAUAGGUAAUGUAAAACAUUUUUUCUACUUAGAUAUGUACAUAUGUUUCAUUAUUAUAAUUGUUCUUGUACAGUUAUUACAAAUUGAAUUAUUUUAUUAAUAUGCGAUGUGUGGUAGUACAGGAUUGUUAUGUUGUUCAAUCGUGUUGAAAAAUAAAAUCUGUGUGGUCAAUUAUAAGUACAAUUUGAAAAUAAAAAUGUGUGAUGUA